CACCCCCCCAAUUGCCUCUCCCUGCCUCCCCCCUCUCCUAAAAGAGAUGUCACAGGAUCCACACAAUGGAAGCAGCAGAUAGGACCACAUUGCCGGUUACCUCCAGUAGCUGAGGACGCCUGGUCUCCUGGUACAAGGCACAAGAUGAAGACACUGCUGCGCCAUGGGCUGGCAGUAUUGCUAGCACUCAGCACCAUGUGUACCAGUCUGGUGAUCAUGUACAGCAAUAUGGGCAGCGUGAAAGAACAGAGCCCCCCACCUUCAUCGGCAGCCAUCAGGAAGGAGAGCAGGAUCAGCACCAAGGAGUACACCCCGAGCCCUGUUCUGGAGGGGUACAUCAGCGUCUCAGACCACAAGCCUCUGAAAAUGCACUGCAAGAGUUGUGCGCUAGUCACCAGUUCGGGACACCUGCUGGGCAGUAAACUGGGUAAUAAGAUUGACCAGACGGAGUGCGUGAUACGUAUGAACGAUGCUCCCACACGGGGCCACGGACAGGAUGUCGGCAACAAGACCAGCCUGCGAGUGAUCGCGCACUCCAGCAUACAGCGGAUACUCCGAAGCCGCAACGAGCUCCUCAACAUGAGCCAAGGCACCGUCUUCAUUUUUUGGGGGCCCAGCAGCUACAUGAGGAGGGACGGCAAAGGGUUAGUCUACAACAACCUGCAGCUCAUAAACAAGAUACUACCUCGAUUAAAAGUGCACAUAAUUACCCGGCACAAGAUGCUGCAGUUUGAUGAACUCUUCAAGAAGGAGACGGGAAAAGACAGGAAAGUUUCCAACACUUGGCUCAGCACGGGAUGGUUCACCAUGUCCAUUGCAUUAGAACUCUGCGAUACAAUCAAUGUGUACGGGAUGGUGCCUCCAGAUUUCUGCAGGGCUGCCAACCACACGUCAGUACCUUACCACUACUAUGAACCUUUGGGACCUGACGAAUGCACCAUGUACAUCUCCCAUGAACGAGGACGGAAAGGAAGCCACCAUCGCUUUAUCACGGAGAAAAGAGUUUUUGCCAACUGGGCACGGACCUUUAAUAUUCACUUUUUUCAACCAGACUGGAAACCGGAGUCCGAUUCUGCAAAGAGAGGACCUGUAAAGCCAAUGUUCUGAGGAGAAACAUGACCCAAAGGAGAGCCGUCACCUGAGGGGACACAGCCAUGCUGAACCAAGCCUGUGACUGGAACUAGAGAUGUUGUGUUGUGUCCUGUGGAAGAUGAAAGUCUAACUUUGGACUGCAUUUUGUUUUCUUAACCUAAAUAGAACCAAACUCGUGUGCCGAUAAUGUGUUCAUACUUCUCUGGUUUUCUGAUACAGAGCUCCAAAUCUUCGCUAUAUGGAUAUGUGAUUGCAAAAUGAUAUGGUUUAUGCAGUAUUUGUCCUGUGAGCAUCUAGUGAAUUAACAAGCUGUUGGUUCAGCACCCCCUAAAAAAUGUCUGCCCUCAGGUUGGGUUAAAAAGGGUCUGCAUUAAAGCACUUUCCCGGAGCCAGUCGCCCGUCCAGCCAAGGAAGCAGACACCUGUUUUGCUCAACUGUGUUGAGAAUGAUGAACCAUCCACAAUGGAAGCUGCAAACUUCAAGACUCUGCUUUGGCUCCAGUAAUUUUAUAAGAAUUUGUUACUUCCAGCGAUGCACAGUGGCUCUACUUCACUUUGCCAGGAUUGUUCUGUCCGUUCUACGUAUUGUUCAGACAAUACAGAUUUUUUCAUAAUCUAUUUUGGUUAGUAUUCUCGAUCCUUCUGUAAAUAAAUGGCAACAUUUU